AUGUUGUAUUUGUUCUAUAGAAAUCGUCGCCUGCAAGUUGCUCACCAGCCAAGACGUGCUUGGGUAUUUCCUCGUCCGCAGAACUGGUUCCAGGAACUUUUAAACAGCAGAGCUCUCGAUCACUGGUGGAAGGAAAACUUCUGCGUGUCUCGGGCUACUUUUGAGUAUAUCUGUAGGCUGGUAGGGCCAGCAAUAGCGCGACAAAACACUGAAAUGCGUGACACUAUUCCAGUUGAAAAGCGAGUGGCUGUGAGCUUGUGGCGUUUGGCGACUGGCGAGUGCUACCGCUCAUGUGGACUGAUGAUCGGACUGGCAAAACCUACAGUGGUUAAGUGCUGUCAUGAGUUUGUAGAGGCAAUUUGCCAUCUGCAGGAUGACUUCAUAAAGUUUCCUUCUACAAGGGUGGAAAUAAGCAGGAAAAUUGAAGGUUUCUCUGAGAAGAGCAAGGUUCCGAAUGUUGUUGCAGCGAUUGACGGUAGAUACAUUCCUAUAAAAGCACCAAAAGAGAAUCACGAGGACUACUUUAACCGGAAACAUUUUUACAGUUAUUUAGUACAAGGGAUUGUUGACUCUUCGGGACUCUUUUUAUCUGUUGCCACUGGGUUUCCCGGGAGUCUGCAUGAUUCUCGAAUGCUGCGACUAAGCGAUGUGUACUGGGCCGCCGAAAAUGAGGACAUUCUCAUGGAACCUACCCUGGAUUUGGGGGGAACCGUAACAUUUGUAUUAUUCGAGGGGAAGAAUUUGAUGGAGAUGUCGAGGACGAUAGUGAUGAUGACGCUGAUGAUGACAAUGGAGUUCCCAGCCAGGCUACAAACGGUGUUCGACUGGCUGUAA